ACGCAUUCUAAAGCCAUACAACUGAUUUAUCCAUCCUAGAUCAUGCAUUCUACGUUACACUGACGAUAAUUCAUCAAUUUGAUAUCAGCCAUUUCAUUCAAGGUUCAAGUUUAUCUUUGGGUGAUCCACAAGUCCACUAAUACCGAAACGACGUUCUAAUCGAUGGGGAAGGUGCGCACGCCGAUCAAGAGGACGCAUCCGCGACUCCCAGGACAGUUGUCCUAAACAGAGUUUCCGGUCUCCAAGUUCCUGCAGGACUAUUCUUUUCCAACUUCUUCAGAGUAGGGACAGCAAGAUUCACAAUUCUCCUGGUCCAUCUUUGCGUCGCAAAACUACACCAACUUUCGCACAAUUGAAGCCCGCCCGCCCGCAGCAAAUCGCACCUCUACAUGCCGUCCCCUAUAGUGAAGGCGACGCUCGCCUCGGCAGCCCUAUCGAGCGCCUCCAACAUCCUCGCCCAGCUCCUCGAAGCCUACCGUGCCGGUCUCCCCCUCACCUUCGACAAGCUGCAAUUCCUCCGCUUCGUCGUGCUAGCGCUCAUCACCUCGCCCCCGAACUACAAAUGGCAGCAAUUUCUUGAGCACAGCUUCCCCGCAUACGACCGGCAGACCUCAGUCGGCGACAUCGAGAGCCAGCACCAUAAGGAGAAGGAUGAGGGGCCGUUGUCGGUUUAUGACGGCGAGCACGAUGCAACGCGUCAGAAGCCGAAGCUCAAUAUAAGGAACACGAUGACGAAGUGGUUCAUUGACUGUAUCACGAUUGGGGCCAUUUUGAAUACGGUCGCGUUUUAUAUCUUGAUGGGCUUGAUGAAGGGCCAGACGACGGCUAAGAUUGGGCAGAAUAUUAGGACCGACACAAUCCCGCUUAUUGUCGCAGGGUACAAGAUCUGGCCUUUUGCGUCUAUUGUCAGCUUUAGCUGUAUUCCGGUCGAGAAGAGGAUCGUGUUUCUUAACUUCGUUGGGCUUUUGUGGGGCAUCUAUAUGAGCCUCGUUGCUGCGAAGGUUUGAGUUCCACUGGUUGCACAGAAAGUCUAUGUGCAUUUUCUGGAUAUUUAAGGCGGUGCUCAAUGCUGCCCCUAUUGACUGGUCUUUUUGUAUCCCUGAGACUCAAGGGGCAAUCACAAUAUGGUAAUACAUCCGUUGUGGGUGUUUUUGUGUUGCGAGUCAGGUCGAGCCAACAAGAGCCUUGUGGAACUCGGAGACAGGGGCCUGCGAAGUACGACAUAGACUGUUUGGGCGGUGUUAGUCUAUGUCAGUAG